AUGACAAUCCAGUCUAACGAAUUCAAUGUCGCCAUUGUCGGCGCCAGUGUUGCUGGCCUUGCGCUUGUAAUGGCACUUCACAGAACGGGAGUGCCCUUUACCAUCUGCGAAGAAGCAAAGGAGUACUCCGUUGUCGGGCGAGUUGCCCUCAGACUUAUUCUAUCUAAAUGCAUCACCAGAGAGCCAUACUCACAGCUGCUGCAGCGCCGGUAUCGGGUUCGGCCCAAAUGCGAUGACAAGCCUUGGAAUGGUGACCGAAAGUCCGCAUGGGGCCAUAAGGAUUACGUUCGCAAGUCUGCCGGUAUCCCCUUGCCCCUAAAAUGAUUAUGGUUGUCGCUAUAUUCUGUUUGGCUAUCAGAAACUCAUAUGAAUACUGGAUGAGUGUAAGAUGCCACGGCCCUGGACUGACAUUGUCGCUGAGAAGCGUGCAAUACGCGACGAGA